GUCGGGAGCCGUAGGCGGAGCCGUGAGUCAAAUGAGGUUGUGCUGCACAUUAUUCCAAAUUCAGAGAACCUGGAAAUGGAAACAGGGGGAAAUCAUUCCUCAGAGAGAAUGAAAAUGGCGGGACACGAAGAAGAAGAAGAACACGCGGGUCCUACUUCUUCUUCUUCUUCCACAAAAACUUCAAUUCAAACACGCCCUUCUCUCAAACCCAAUCCUCUCUUCAAUGACCGCCACAACUGGAAACGAAAGCUGAGAGAAAACUGCUACAAAAGGGUCAGAGAAGACAGACGACGCUUGCUUUGGAAAGUGAGAAUGAUGCCCACUUCUCAAUCUCUCCGUCUCAAUUCAAAGGAUAUGAUCAAAUUUGCUUGUCAAAACAUAGUUUCGGAUGAACUGAAAAAAUUGAAGGACCCUCCAUUGAGUGACAGGUUGAAGAUGUCAACUUCUGACUCUGAUAUCAAUGACAUAUUAUGGGAGUAUGAUGGUCUUCAUGAUGCUUAUAAAGGUGAAUGUGAAGAAAUACUGUUAGAAAUGCAAAGGAUCUUCUAUGAGGACCUGAGGGCUGAAUCAACUGAAAAAGAACCAGACAAUAUUGAAACAUGGCAAGAUGAAGAAGAUGAAUACUUGGCUCAUGCAGUCUAUGAGCAUAUGCGAUUAAAUGAUAAGCAGUUGCGAGAGGUAGUUUGGUGCCCAAUUUGUAAGCAAGGAGAACUGCAAGAGAAUUACCAACAUAUAUAUUGCACUCUUUGUGAACUUCAGCUCAACAAAGGCGAUGAGGUUAACUUGGAACUACUGCGUGUCAGGCUAGCUGAACUUCAUGCUGAACACUUUGGUCGUGGUUGUGGAUCAAAGCCCAAGUUUUGCAUCGAGUCUAGAUUUGAUUUAACUGCAUUAUAUAUUAUUUGCUCGACUUGUAGUACAUUUGAGGUAGUGAUAUAGUGUUCCCACAUCAUUUUUCCUUUUCUUAAAAGUUCUUGCAUAUUCCUUUUGGUAUGAAAUUGUUGGAUCACGGUGCCAUUUGAAAACUAAAUUAACAUCUCAAAAUGCAAAUAUUGGAGCUAGUGACAAAAUUCUUAUGUCCUAGCCAAAAAAAAAAGAAAAAUGAUAAUGAAAUGUGAAUGAAUAAUAGUCUAGUCGUAUUUUUAUAGCA